UUUACGAAUUGUGGCGCGAGUGGACUGGAGCGAGCGCCACAGGUAUCUGAGCAGGAAGUGGAGAAAUGAAGUUUUACCGGUAAUAAGAAGAUAGUUUGUUUAUAACAUUGAACUUUCAGCUGAGCAGGUUGUUACUGUGAACAACGGACGGACUGAAAACACACUUACAGACGGUGGAGCUCUUCUUUUAGGUGUUUCUGGUUGACCUUAGACUGACUGAAGAUGAGUGAUUUGGAGGAAGAGUGGAGCACGUUCUCAGGAUCCAGCUCUCUGUCCAAAGAUCAUCCUCCAGUCUUCAGCAAUGAACCUGGACCCUCAGACACAAAAGAGAAGAGGAAGAGGAGUCAUGAUUCUGUGGAAGAGCAGCCAUCUUGCUGUGCUGCUUGCUGUGACGUGCUGAAGGAUCCAGUCUCUACCAGCUGCGGACACUGGUUCUGCAGACAGUGCAUCACCUCAUACUGGGAUCAGUCUGGUACAUCAGGGGACUCCUCCUGUCCUCUGUGUACAAAAAGAUCCAGAACAAGACCAGGACUGGAGACAGCCAGUCAGACCAGCACUGUACAAAUGGAUGUUGGUCUGCAGGAGGUUGUAGAUGAACAUAAGAUCAGUCUGAGGAGGAGAUGUGAGUAUGCGGCUGAGGGAAUAGAUGGAACAGGAAGUGAAACCCUCCUCAACAGAAUCUUCACUGAGCUCUUCAUCACAGAGGGACUGAGUAAAGAGGCUAAUACCCAACAUGAGGUGAGGCAGCUUGAGACAGCUUCCAAGAUGGAGACUCUCCAUGACACUUCAAUCAAGUGCCACGACAUCUUUAAAGCAUUACCUGACCAACAGAGACGCAUCCGAGUUGUUCUGACAAAUGGUGUGGCUGGCAUUGGAAAAACCUUCUCAGUGCAGAAGUUCACUCUGGACUGGGCGGAGGGCCUACAAAACCAAGAUAUCAGUCUGGUGAUUCCGCUUUCAUUCAGGGAGUUGAACUUGGUCAAAGAUGAGCAGUACAGUCUUCUUAAGCUGCUCCAUGUUUUCCAUCCCACAUUACAGAAGGUCACAGCAGAGAAGCUCGCUGUCUGUAAACUUUUGUUCAUCUUUGACGGCCUGGAUGAAAGCAGACUUUCAUUGGAUUUCAAGAAGAAAAGGGUUGUGUCUGAUGUCACACAAAAGUCUUCAGUCAACGUGCUGCUGGCAGACCUCAUUAAGGGGCAUCUGCUUCCCUCUGCUCUCGUCUGGAUAACUUCCCGACCUGCAGCAGCCUAUCAGAUCCCUCUUGAAUAUGUUCACAGGGUAACAGAAGUACGAGGCUUCACUAACGCCCAGAAGGAGGAGUACAUCAGGAGGAGAUUCAGUGAUGAAGAGCAGUCCAGCAGAAUCAUCUCACACAUCAAAACAUCUAAGAGCCUCCACAUCAUGUGCCAAAUCCCAGUCUUCUGCUGGAUCUCUGCUACAGUUCUGGAUCACAUGUUGACUUCUGACCAGAGAGGACAGCUCCCCAAGACCUUGACUGACCUGUACUCGCACUUCCUGCUGGUUCAGACAAAGAGGAAGAAGCAGAAAUAUGAUGAGAGUCCACAAGAGCUGACAGAGGAGGACGGGGAAGUUCUUCUGAAACUGGGGAGGCUGGCGUUUGAACAUCUGGAGAGAGGAAACAUCAUGUUCUACUGUGAAGAUCUCGAGGAGUGUGGUCUCGACGUCACAGAGGCCUCGGUGUACUCAGGAGUUUGUACAGAGAUCUUCAAAACAGAGAGGGUGAUCUUCCAGACAACAGUCUACUGCUUUGUUCAUCUGAGCAUUCAGGAGUUUCUGGCUGCAGUCUACAUGUUCCACUGUUACACCAACGGGAACACAGAGGUUAUGAAGGGGUUCCUCAAUGAUGAUAAGGAUGAUGAUGAUUCAUUCAUUGUUGAUGAUGAUGAUGAAGAUGAUGAUGACGACGACAGAGACAAUGGCCCUAAUCAAUCCCUCGAUAACUUCCUAAGGAAAGCCAUGGCCAAAUCAUUGGAGAGUAAAAAGGGCCACCUUGACCUGUUUGUUCGCUUCCUUCAUGGCCUUUCUCUGAAGUCAAACCAGAGACUCUUAAGAGGCCUGCUGGGUCGGACAGACAUCAGUCCAGCUACCAACCAGAGAGUCAUCGAAAACCUGAAGACAAUGAACACGCACGAUAUUGCUCCAGACAGAAGCAUCAACAUCUUCCACUGUCUGAUGGAGAUGAACGACCACUCAGUAUAUCAGGAGGUCCAAGAAUUCCUGACGUCAGAGAACAAAUCAAAAAAGAAGAAAUUGUCUGAGAUCCACUGCUCAGCUCUGGCCUACAUGCUGUUGAUGUCAGAGGAGGUUCUGGAUGAGUUGGACCUUGAGACGUACAGAACAUCAGUAAAGGGAAAACAAAGACUGAUUCCAGCUGUGAGGAACUGCAGAAAGGCUCGACUUUCCGCCUGUGAACUGUCAAACAUACAUUGCAACACUGUGGCCUCAGCUUUAAAAGCCAACCCCUCCCACCUAAGAAAGCUCAACCUGGGUAACAAUUAUCUGGAGAAUUCAGGAGUCGCGCUGCUAUCUGACGGACUGAGGAGUCCACACUGUCGACUGGAGACUUUGAGAAUAUAUCACUGUGAAAUAACAGGAGGUGGCUGUGCUUCUCUGGCCUCAGCUCUGAAGUCCAACCCCUUCCAUCUGAGAGAGCUGGACCUGAGUGACAACAAACUGGAGGAUUCAGGGGUGAAGCUGCUGUGGGAUUAUCUGGAGAGUCCCCACUGUAGACUGGAGACUCUGAGAUUGAGCCACUGCAGCUUGUCAGAGAUCAGCUGUGCUGCUCUGGUCUCAGCUCUGAGAUGCAACCCCUCCAAUCUGAGAAAGCUGGACCUGAGUAACAACAAACUGCAGGAUUCAGGAGUGAAGCUGCUGUGUGAUUAUCUGCAGAGUCCACACUGUAGACUGGAGACUCUCAGGCUUGAAAGGUGUGAGCUAUCAGAGAUCAGCUGUGCUGCUCUGGCCUCGGCUCUGAAGUGCAACCCCUCCGAUCUGAGAGAGCUGGACCUGAGUAACAACAAGCUGCAGGAUUCAGGAGUGAAGCUGCUGUGUGAUUAUCUGCAGAGUCCACACUGUAGACUGGAGACUCUCAGGCUUAAAAGGUGUAAGCUAUCAGAGAUCAGCCGUGCUCCUCUGGCCUCAGCUCUGAAGUCCAACCCCUCCAAUCUGAGAGUGCUGGAGCUGACUCACAACAACCUACAGGAUUCAGGAGUGAAGCUGCUGUCCAUUGGACGUGACAGUCCACACCGCAGUAUACUGAAGACUGUGAGUCAUGAAAGUUCACUCGUCACAUGGACUUCAGUCAAGAAGAAGAGUGAUCUAGAGAAGGAGAAAGACGGAUCAGAGUUUCCAGGAUCCAGUUGUGACAGUCCUAAAGAUGGACCUCCAGACUUCAGUAAUGUACCUGGACCCUCAGACAAAAAGGUGGAUGACGGAGAAAACUGGGCACCUGACAGACAUGAAGGACUAGAUGACAACAGGAAACAUGAGGAGAAAGAUGGGGAAGACAUGCAUGUGCCGUGUGUCUUCUUCUCCCUAUCUGAUGGCUCUAAUCACUCAGCAGAUCUGUCUACAUCAAAUGCAAUCAUUGAUGUGUCUGAGGACAACGGAGAGGAGAGUGAGGGUGAAGAAGAUCAGCAUCAGCUUGUGUGUCAAGAAGCUCUGAAUACAAAUGACAAGUUAAGUUUCACACCUGAACUGUUGACUGAGUCUGGAAAUACUUCGUACAGGUUCAGGUGUCCCGGUCCAGGUGUGUACCAAUGUGCUUCGACUGGACUGGGGUUUGUUAUGGCUCGGGAGGCGGAGCUGCUGUACAGGACUGCCCAAUGGGAUGAGUGCCUCCUUGAAUCAGUUGGCAUGAUGGCUGCAGGGCUACUGUUCGAAAUCAAGUGUUCACACGAUGCUGCUGUCUGUCAGCUCCACUUCCCACACUGUGAAAUUAUGGAUGGUCUGCUGCCUGAAGACCUGCUGUCUGUCGUCCACAUCACUGAUGAUGGAACAAACUUCUUCAAGCCACUGGAGAUUACAGACACUCAUGUGGUUGCCAAAAUCUCUCACCUCUCUUUCUAUGGCAUAGUGAAGAAACUUUUCAAAUUGUUGUCAAAACCAGUUAAAGGCCAAGUUCUGCUGUUCCUCAGACCACCAAACCCAAGAACACAGAGGCAAAUACUCAAUGUGUUUCUCUUGCCGAGGAACAUCCACCUGGAUGAGGUCUGCAAACAACAGCGUGAUUUUGAGAACAUCUGGGCUCCUUCCAGAUGUAAACUCAUCAACGAUCAGAGUUACACUCUGCACUGUCCACAGGCCAUCAAAAUACAGCCUGAGAAAGCAGAUUUUGAGCAGGAGUAUGGACCAAAUUACCACCCAACGUUUGAGAUCCGCCUUCCUGCAAAUAUAGAAGAAGUGGCUUUAACAGUCAAAGACCAAGAACAGAUGGAGGUCUGGGCGCAUGACGUUGAUCUGACUGAUUCAAGAAGGGAAACUCCACAGAGAAAUGGCCCAGCAGAGGACGUUGUCCCAGCAGAGGACGUUGUCCCAGCAGAGGACGUUGUCCCAGCAGAGGACGUUGUCCCAGCAGACGAGAGGCUAUUCUCAGUUCGGUUAGAGUUUAUAAAAAGAGUUUCUGACUCUAAUCUGGACAAGCUUCUGGAUGAACUUCUUCAUCGUAAGGUUCUGAAUGAUGAGGAAAUGGAAACAGCAAGAACAAAAGUCGGCACAGAAAAAGCACGAUAUGUGAUUGACUUGGUGCGAAAAAAGGGACCUGAAGCUAGUUCAGUCCUGAUCGCUGCGCUCUCUAAGGUUGAUCCACACGUUUCAAGAAAGAUGAACUUAAUCUGAGGCAAGUGAAACACACUGGAGCGUGAUGAUGAAUCGUAAUCUUUGCAUUAGAGAUAGGCUGACACUGUAGUGGAACAAAACCUGGACUACAUUAGAUGCAUGUUGAGCAGGAAAACGAUUACAUUAAGUGGUUGUGUCUGCAGUAUGAGCUCAAACUGACAGAUGCUGGUGCUGUUAUUAAAUGAGACCUCAAAUGAAACACAGACAGUGACUUGUCUUGAGACCAAGACAAUUAGCUCUUAGUGUUAAAGACCUUUUAAAGCCAAUGAAAAGAAGCAGCAGAUAAUGAAGUUUUCUUAAAGUUAUUAAUAAAUGUAAAAGCCUCAACUAAGCACUUAUUUAUCCUUCUCCAGUGACAACGUUGAGAACUAGAAAAUUAAUUUCCUGCUGCAAAUUUAAAUGUGAAAUUGAUUGUCUGCUGAAAAACCUGGAAGCUUGAAUUGUAAAACUGGCAGAACUGGAAGCUUAACGGGCCACUUAAGAGUUAUAUGGAGGGAAGUUACCCAAAAUACAUACAACCAAAAAAUAGUUUAACGUCAGCCCAACAAAGGAAGAAAUAGAGUAAAAUGCAGAGAGACAGAGAGCGAAAGAAAAAACAGCUGAAUAUCUUAAAAAGCAUAAUACACUGUGUGUCUGACGUUGUGCUCUGUAACACAGGUGCCCCUCAGGGUACGGUGCUCUCUCCCUUCCUCUUCACCCUUUACACCUCAGACUUUACCCACAAUUCAACACUGCCAUAUCAAGAAGUUCUCAAAUGACACAGCUCAACCAGCUUCAGCUAAACAUUAGCAAGUUAACAACAAGUUAAAUAGUUCAAGGUAUUGUGACAUGUUUAAAAGAAGAUUUCUCUCUUUACUGUACUGUGAAAAAGAGCAGAACAUUUUGAUAGUUGAAUGGUUUCUGUAGCUUAAUGUAUCCAGAACAAGUAGCAGCCCAUUAUUAUUAUUAUUAUUAUUCAUUAAAUUUUUUACAUGAAAGAAAAGUUAGAUAAAUGUUUGUCUACGCUGUCAAUUAGAGUUCUUAGAAAGAUUGUUUUAAGUAUUUUUUAAUGUAUACAGGAAGGCUACAAUUCAAGUUUAGAAAACAUUUGCCCACAUAGAGAAUCGACUUAAAGGUCCAGUGUGUAACAUUUAGGAGGAUCUAUUGGCAGAAAUUGAACAUAAUAUCCUUUUGUAGUGGGAAAAUGAAUUCAGGGACCGGGUUCUGAGAACAUGAAGUAAACUAUAUUAUGUUCUGUUAUUCCAUAAUUAAUUGUACAGGCUUACAGUAUAAUAUUUUAUGUCCAUGUAUGUUCAUCCUCAUGUGUUCACACUCUGGUUGUCUCACCCUUGUUAGAAGAGGUGUUAUUUAUUGUACCAUAAGCUAAGCACAUUCCAAAGACCAAGGCUGUCUCCUGGCAGAGUAGGGCAUCAGAUGUGUUAUGACUACUGUUUAUCAGACAUUAGUCGCCACCAAUAGACACCCUUGGGAAAGAUAGACAUAUAAUAGAGUGAUUUUCUUUGUUCUGGUUAGUUGUAUCCUGGGACAACUCGGUUUGCUUGUAUCCUGUGUUGAUGCAAAUAAAUCCUGCACGUGGAGUGAAA